GAACAGUUCAAAGGUCAUUAUGUCCACAUGGUUAAUGUUAUUUUGACACUGACGUGUUUCUCUCAGACUUUGUAAGAUUGUAACUUUGAGGAGGUUUCGUCGCAUCAAAUAUGGGAAAAUCGAAGAAUAAGAGAUUCCGUUCAAAGAAGGCACAGCCGACUGGUUUGGAGAGUGUGAAGGAAAUACAAGCAGAGGAAGAAGAACUCGGCACGUCCACGACCUCCUCGGACACCGUACAGCUGAAGACAGUCGGAGUGUUGGAGAAGCUUCAAAGUAGCUCGGCUGAGGAGAGAGAAUGUGCCUGCACGUCUCUGGCAAACUUGGUCCAGGAUCCCCAAGCACUGCAGACCUUGGUCCAACAGAAAGCAGUGCGUAGCCUUGGGCCUCUUCUCGUUGACCCAUCAUCAGGUAUCCGAGAAGCUGCGGCUGGAGCUUUGAGGAAUCUGACUGUAGCAGGUGGACAUGAUAUUUGUGACCAUAUGAUAGAUGAAGACAUCAUGACCCCUCUAGUUGCAUUCCUACUUCAGUAUUCAGAUGGAAUUCCACAGACCUCUGCAAAGCAUAAAGAGAAUAAGAUGCCUCAGCAUGACUCAAGUUUAGAAGCAUUAGUGCAAGCUGUACAUCUUGUCUGGAAUUUAUGUGAGAGUAAUAGUACAGCAGUAGCCAUAGCUAAUCAACAAGGUUUAGUCACAGUCUUCCUUCACUGUCUUCAAGCCUACCCAACUAUGGUGGAUUUAGCCAUCUGUGCAGCGCAAUGUCUUCACACCUUCACAGAGGACAACCUAUUGGCUGCACAAGAACUCUGCAAGCCAGAUCGGCUAGCCGUGAUAGAGAGCGCCCUCAUGUGUGAGAACUCCUCUAUGAAGUUGACACAACUUCAGACUCUGACUGCUGGAAUCCUGUUCAAUAUCAGGGGUUGUUUGCCGGCCACCAGUAGAGGGCAGAGUUUCCAAGCCCUCGUGAAGGUGCUUGCUACAACACUUCAACCUGAUAACUGUGCGGCAAUCUCAUCCCUAGUCCCUGGUAUUCAAACAAAUGGAAAUGUUCAGAAUGGAGAAGUUGAGAAAGGAAAAGAAGAAGAAGAAGAAGACACAGCAACGCGUAAAACGUUGCCAUGGAAACUAGAAAGUGAUCUUUCUGAAGCAGAGGCCCUACUUCAAGCCCAGCAGGUAGCAUUAGAAAUCAUCUCAAAUAUGUGCUGUCCUGAAGAUGAUGAUGAUGAUUGGGAAGAUAUGGAGUCAUGUAGCACUAGCAGUAGUAGCAGUGAUGACAAUCAAGAUAGAACAGAAGAUGUAGCACCACCACCUAUCAUGUCUCCUUUAUGCCUCUCAGCCGAAAUCCACAGUGCUUUAUCGGACCAGUGUAUACCAACUAAGAUCCUAGAGAAAAUAACUUUUCCUGACAGAACACUACUUCAAAAAUUGAUAUCACAUAAGGAAGGCAAGCCAUUAUUCAAAGGCCUACUGAGAGUCCAGAGCAGAGCCCUCCUUUGUCUUCAUAACAUGGUUGCAGCAAUGGAGCUGGAAUCAUUAGGUGGUCAACAAGCCCUGGCUUUGCUUCUAGAUAAGCUCCUAGUCCUAGCAAUGAAUGAACCAGUUCCAGUCGGUGGUGAAUUGAUAGAGGCCUUGACUAGUGCACUGAGAGCUGUCCUUCAGAAAAUGGCUCAGAAUAAUUACAUCCCAGAGGCAUUGACAGAGGUACACCUGACCAGGCUAUGUUCAUUUGGUGAGGCCAACGCAUCAAAUAGAAUCAAAGUAAACCUUGUAGGAGUGCUUGGUAGCAUAGGUAGUGUCCUGGCUAAGAGAGAUAGAACAGAAGAACUGCUCACGGCUGUUGGAAACCAGCUGCUGGAAGUAGCCACUAAGGAUGGGUCUCUGUGGGUAGCAGCAGAGGCCCUGGAUGCAAUCUUUGAUACCUUUGGUGAUGGAGUAAUGGCCGAUAGGGUGGCCAUCGAACUAGGACUGACUGCCCGUCUGAAAGCCUUGGUGCCACAGCUCAAAUCAAAGUUACGGCAAUGUAGAGGAACCUUGGGUGAACACUUGCCCAUCAUCAUGAAUGCAAGGACAAACCUAGGAAGGUUCAUUAAGUAUAAAGAGAAUCAAGAGCUUCUACUAGGCACCUAUCCAUCUGCUUAAACCAGUCACAGCUUCCCUCAAUCAGUUCUUCAGUCUUCCCUGCCCCCUCCCAACCCUUCCCCACUUCUCAUACUUGUGCUUUCCUCAUUGUUUUUGCCCACUUUCAUUCCUUUUCUUCAUUUUCUUCCUCAAAUCAACAGUUUACAAACUUUAUAUCCCCUUGAGGGUAGUGUCUUAUAAAGCAAAUUGUCUCUCACUGACCAAUUUGUUCUGAGCCAAUCAGAUACAAGGAUUUCAGUAGCUUAUAACAGUUGUCAGUAAAAAAAUCACUGACAUAUUUGCAGCAUGAAAUGCUCACUUGUACUUUUUCACCUUACCUUAUUGGAUUCCUCUUUGAAACCUUUCUCCUUUUGUCACUCUUCUUUUCAUCAUUUCAUCAUUUUCAUCCCUCUUUAUUUUCCUGUCAUCUUUUAAUCACCAUCUAUAAGUUAAAUACCGCUGUACCACUUCCUAUCAUUAUAUCUGUUUGGAUUAUCCUUUGAGUGUGUAAAUAAGCAAUAUUUAUUGUAAAUAUGAAUAGUAAAGAGAAAUAUAUUUUAACUUUUCUCAUUGCCAAACAGAAGCUUCCCGAGUUAGUCUUAUGCAGGCUUUAUUCUUCCGUGUAUAAAUAUAUUUGUGAGAUCAUUAUUGUAAAUAAUUUAUGCAGAAGAAUCCAAGUAGUAUUGAGAAUGUGAGCUGGGGGGAGGGUUUGCUUCAUAAAAAAGCUUGCAUAAAAUCAUGCAUACUUUUAAUGAUGUUGAAUAUAGAAGCCAAGCUGAAAUUUGAUUUUUUUUCAAUUAUUGAAUCUGAUCUGCCAGUCAUGAAAUAUGCAGGGAUACAUGUUGAUUGAUAUUUGUUAAUGAUUCACAGGCAUUGAUAAUACAUGGUGUAUUUUGGGCCACAAUCUGAAUGGGAUAAUUGAAAAUAUGUUGUAUUUUUGUUCCUUUAAAAACUUGAGGAAUCUCAUUUUAUAGAAUUUUGUAUUCAAGUCUUGAAUAAAGUCAGGCUUAACAUUAGGAACAUCUGUAUAAAUUGUCUUUAAGGCCCACUCACUCACGGCAUAACAUAGCUUAGCUAUAUUUUGGGUUCAAAUUCAAUGAUAUAUUUGUAAUAUAUAUUGUUAAAGGGGUGGUCCGGGCUGAAAAUAUUUAUAUCUAAAUAAAAAGAGUAAAAUUCAUAGAGGAAAAUGCUGAAAAUUUCAUCAAAAUCAGAUAACAAAUAACGAAGUUAUUAAAUUUUAAAGUUUAUAAAUAUUUUGUGAAAACAGUUACAUGCACAUCGUCAUGAAUAUUCAUUAGGUGGGCUGAUGUCAUAUCCCCACUUUCCUUUUUCAUAUGUUAUUACUUGAAAUCAUAAAUGUUUCAUUUUUUCAUACAUGUGUAAAUGAUGCGUCUCUACUAUGAUGAAAUAAGUCACGGCAGUAAAUUACCAAUGCACUUAAUCAGUUGUCAGUCCAAUUGUUUUCGUUCUUGGUACAAAAAUUUUGAAUAAACCUAAUUUCAUAUAAUAAAAUACAAAAGAACAAGUGGGGAUAUGACAUCAUCAGCCCACCUAAUGAAUAUUCAUAAAGACAAGCCGAGAAUUGUUUCACCGGAAUAAUGCAAAUCUUUAAAAUUCAAUAACUUUGUUAUCCGAUUUUGAUCAAAUUUUUAGCAUUUUGCUUUGUGAAUUUUACUCUAUUUAUUGAGAUAUAAAUAUCUCCAGCCUGGAGUAUCCCUUUAACAUAUAUCUGAACACCAUAUACAAUGUUGCUGAGCUUUGUCAUAUCUUGAUGGGGUUUUUGGUUUAUGUAUUUGUUAUUUCAUUACAGCAAAAGAAUGUCCUUCAAUUGAAUAUACAAUGUCAAUAUUGUACAUACAUAUAUUUUAAUUUCAGGUAUUUUAAAUUUUUACCAUUUUCAGCAUACAGGACUUAAGUUUUUAUUGGUUUUGAGCUUGCUUUAAUGGCUAUUUACAGAAGUGAAUAUUUUAAUGGUGGUGGAGUUCACUUGUGAAAAAUCACAAAAAUGAAACCACGCUUAAGUUUUAGUAUUGCAUUAAGAUUAAGAGAUUUGCUAUUAUGUGAAUGAAUCUUAGGGCAUGAGAUGUCAUGUGGAAAAUCCAUAUUACUUUGAGAAUGCUAUUGCGAAUUAUAAGUUAAUUGAUGAUUAUGAGGUGUAAAGUCUAAUUCUAAUUAGUACUGACCUAUAGGUUUGCCUAAGUCAAAUCUAUUUUAUCCACAGAUGUCAGUUUAACUUGGAGAGAUUCAACCUAAAGAGGUAUUUAAAGUUUUACAUAAUGCACAAGUUUACAUGUAGUUUUAAUUUUGUGUGAAUUAGUGAUACUUAUGCCCGGUUGACACUUGCACGCAUUGUGGUGCCCGCAUUGCCCCGCAUUGAUGCGUGCCAGUGCGGGACACUUUAUGGCACGACUUGGCUAUAUCAGUUCACGCAAUGUCCCGACACGUUCACGACAUGUUUGUGCAUUGUUUGCGCAUAGUUCGCGCAUAGUUCACGCAGUGUUCACGCACUGUCCCGACGUGCUUUCAGCAAAUAUUCUCGACACCCUAUUUCUGUGACGUAUCUAGCGCAAAUUUAAAUAUUCAACGUUCUGGUGUUGACACCCUCUACGUUCGUUGAUUAGAACGACUCACAUUGAUCACGUGGUCUGCACUCACAAUUUUGCGCAUGUCAUUCGCGAACUAUGCGUGAAGUAUGCUUGACCUAUGCGCAAAGUAUGCGCGACCCUGUCGUGAACUAGUCGCGAACUGCGUGCCACUACCCCGGGGGUGGGGUACCCACUGUUUUUACGCCACGCACUGGCACGCAUUGGCACGACUUGUUUGCGCAUAGUUUGCGCACAGUUCACGCACUGGUGCAAUGCGGGAAGUGCGUGGCAAAAUUUUCAACAUGUUGAAAAUUUUUUUUCGCUCUUCACGCAUUGCUGCGCAUUGCCGCUCAUCGUCCCGCCCCUUCCCGCAAGUGUCGAAGCAUUGGCACGCAUGACGCAAUAUCAGUGCGUGAACUAUGCGGGAACCGAAAAUCGUGAAAGUGUCAACUAGGCAUUAGACUGCCACGAUGACGAUCAUUUCCUCUGGCUUUGAAAUUUGUUAAACCGUUUGUGAAAUAGUGACCACAUUUUCUGAUUUUGCACAACAACUGUUAAUGUACUUGUACGUGUAGAGUUAUAGGGGUCAUACAAAGUGAAUAGAGAAAGGGUAAGAAAAUCUCAACACAGAGUGUGCCCAUUUUGUCACAUUAGCAGGUUUUGUUCAAUGUUAACAAAAAAUAAUAAUCACGAUAAUGACUAAAAUCCCUAAGUUGGCAAGGUGAUAGGAAAAAUCAUCAUUGUUCAUCCAUGCCUAUUGGCAAAUAUUUAAUACAUUAACAUAUUAUUUAUUAAUACAUAUAUCUUGUACAUGUACUUAACUUGAAAAUGAAUAAUGUGGCAAUGCAAGAAAUAUAGUCCUGCCAAUUUGAAGAUUAAAAGUUGAUCAAAUAAGGAUUCCAGUAUAUCAUUGACAAAAAAGGGUAGAAGUAUAAAUAGCUCAUGUCAAAUUUGCAGGUUUGUCUUUGUUAUCAUGUAACCAUAUCAUUAAUUUGAUUUUGUCUGUUCCCCAAUGCCUCAAUUGCCUUAAUUAUGAAAUGGCUACCAGUAUCAAAGGGAGUAAAAUUCAGACUUUAUUAUCAUACAUACAAGUGAAUUGAUAAACAAUUAGACUCUUGUAUUGAUUCUAUGAUUGGCAAAUAUUCUUAUUUGAAUGAUAUGAACAAAUCAUGAAAAAGGUGAAUUUUAAAUAAAUUUCUUCAAUAUUUAUGUGUAUAGUAAUCUUCACAAGUCAGUUAAUGUUUGUAAAACUGAGGGACUUGUAUGGAUAAUAGUACACUCGUAGAUGGUGAAGUUGCUGUAAUGAGUUUGGAAAGUAAUGCAAACUUUUACGAAGUCUUCUGAUGGCUGUAUAGAUGUUCAAUUACUUUAUCCUAGGAUUCACAAACAAGAAAAAUCAUGAAUGAUACCACAUCUUUAUUGUGUAACCCAUUGCAAAAGUCUCAACUAAAUGUGAUUCUAAUGGUGUUCAAAAUUGCAAUUACUGCUUUUUACAUUUGGCAGAAUGUGGAGUUUUGCCUACAAGUGAAUCCUUUUAGAAUUUUUCUUAAGCAGUAAAUGUUGACAAAGGCAGUACUGCUGGAGAGCAGUAGUUUACAGGGUCUUUUUACUGCCUGAGAAAAUUAUUAUGAUCAUAAUGAUAGUACUCCGAGAGAUUUUGAUUGUUUAAACCGUUCCAAAGAGGGUGCCCAGGGCCCCGUAACAUAAUGCUUAGCGAUUGAUUAUGUGGCUAAUUUCUACAAUUGAUUGAAUUGAGUAUUUGGUAUGAUCAAUCGCAGAAGUCGGCCCCAUGAUCAAUCGCCAAGCAUUAUAUCACUGGACCCAGGCCAUCUAGAAUUAUGUGAUUAUAUACAUAUAUACUUUUUAUCAUUUCAAAAUCCAUCCUCAAAUUUUAUGUUGUGUUGGUGUGUCAGUGUGAAACCUGUUGGAAGGACUAGCCACUAGGCAAAAAGCAGGCUAUGUACUUCCAAACAGCCAAAGAUAAGGUGAGUGUUGGCUCAUAAAUAGCUUUUAAUGUGUCAUCUAAUCCACCUGCAAGUUUCACAAUAAUGCGCAUAAGAGAGAGAGAGAACAUUUACUGGUAUGUUGAUGUAUAUAUAUAUAUAAUGUAAAUGGAUUUUCGAAUAAAGUGUAUAAAAACAUCUUUGCUCUUAUAA